AUUCCUGUCAAACUUAUUAAAUAUCGUUAUCUCAUUACCUUGUCUCAUAAGUUUCUUAGCUCAACUCUCUAUCAUGAUAAUUAUACAAUAGAGAAUCUCUAUGGAAGCAGCCGCUGUUUCCCGAGCCGCUUUCAAGAUAAAGCGAUUAAUGGCAGUAAAAUGAACACUCGCCAGAAAGAAUCGUGCCUGCGUCGGUGAAGUCUCGUCAAUCGCAUUAUUGUCUUCUGAUUUAAUUAUCAUUACAUGGAAAAGUGUCCAAGUGAUUCAGUAUUUGUAAGUACAGGAUGUAUAAAGAUGCGAGUUCCAAUGGUGUCGAUAAGGGACGUGUUAAUCAGGUCUUUGAAGGUGACGCCAAUGACAGGAAUUCAGGACAAUUUGAAACAGCAGAAAGUUCGGUAAAGUCAGAAAAAUCAGAAUCGACACUUGCACAUGGCGAAAUAGAGCAACGUACAACAUGGACAAACAGUAUAGAAUUUUUGAUGUCCUGCAUCGCCCUGUCUGUCGGUUUCGGAAACGUAUGGAGAUUUCCAUUCGUUGCGUAUGAAAAUGGCGGUGGUGCAUUCCUCAUACCUUAUAUAAUCGUCCUUUUCUUGGUUGGCAAGCCCUUUUAUUACCUGGAAAUGGUAAUCGGUCAAUUUUCCAGUAAAAGCUGUGUUCAAAUUUGGCGCCUGUCACCCGCCUGCGUCGGUGUCGGCUGGGCCCAAUUGUGUUCAUUGAUUGCUCUAGCUUCUUAUUACUGCGCACUCAUGUCACUCACAUUAUAUUAUUUAAUUAUGUCAUUCUCUGCCGAAUUACCGUGGGCAUGGUGUAGAGAAGAAUGGGGCGAUUUCUGUGUUGCCUCCGGAGUACAGCGCAGCGCCAUUACUACUAAAGUUGUAUCUGACAAUGCUACUUCGAGUACAAGUAACGACGUAUUGGAGAAGCUUCGUUUACUUAAUAUCACCAGUUUCUCCAGUUCUGCUGAACUUUAUUUCACUAAAAUCGUUCUCAAGGAGAAGGACUCCAUUGAUGACGGCAUCGGCCUACCCAACUGGGAACUAACUCUCUGUCUUGCCGCUAGUUGGACUUGUGUUUGUCUGGUUUUAUCAAGGGGCAUCAAAAGUACCGGAAAAGCUUCUUAUUUUCUGGCGCUGUUUCCAUAUGUUGUUCUUAUGUCGUUAUUGAUACGUGCUGUCACCCUCGAUGGCGCUGGAAAUGGCAUUUUAUUUUUCAUUAGUCCUAACUGGGGAAAAUUAUUGGAUCCUACUGUCUGGUAUGCCGCUGUUUCUCAGUGCUUCUUUUCACUGUCUGUAUGUUUUGGUUCUAUCAUUAUGUACGCAUCGCACAAUCAAUUUCGACACAAUGUCUAUAGAGAUGCUAUGAUAGUGACUAGCUUGGAUACUGUUACUAGUCUGAUAGCCGGAUGUACUAUAUUUGGUAUCCUUGGCAAUUUGGCACACGAAACCGGAAGCGACGAUAUUAGUUCAGUCGUCAGACCCGGCACGGGUCUUGCAUUUGUUUCUUACCCGGAUGCUAUAGCGAAAUUUACUGUAUUGCCGCAACUAUUCGCAGUACUCUUCUUCUUGAUGAUGUUCGUACUUGGAGUAGGAAGCGCAGUCGGAAUUACAUCAAGCAUAACUAAUAUAAUUGGUGAUCAAUUUCCAAAAUUGAAAGUCUGGCAAAUUGCACUCCCAACCUGUUUUAUUGGUUUCUGUGUAGGGACCAUUUACGUUACACCGGGUGGACAAUACAUUCUGACUCUUGUGGAUUAUUAUGGCACGUCUUUUGUUGUCUUUGUCUUGGCUGUUUUUGAGAUCACUGGAAUCAUAUGGAUUUAUGGCUUGGAAAAUAUUUUGAACGAUAUGGAAUUUAUGCUUGGACGUCGAGAAAGUAUGUACUGGAGAUUGUGUUGGGCCAUCGUGACUCCAUCACUUCUCUUGACUGUUUUUAUAUAUACCAUGUUUAAGCUUACACCCGUUACUUAUGGCGGAGUUGAAAUGCCGACGACAGCUCAUGCUGCAGGUUGGAUCUUAUUCGCAUUUGGCGUUCUACAGAUUCCAACGUGGAUGGCGAUCACAAUAUUUAAAAAUCGGGGUUUGCCGUUCCCUUUGAUGAUAAAGAAUGCUUUUCGACCUGCCAAAAAUUGGGGACCAUUAUUGUCGCAUCACAGAGAAGAAUGGCUAGUCUUCAAGGACGAGAAGAAAAAUCUGAAGAAGUCGAAGAAGCAGUCUCGAAUAGUUCAACUAAUCUUCGUGAUCUUGAAUAUAAAUGAAAAGUAGAACGAUGCGAUUUUUUUCAACGCAAUUUUUAAUCUAAAAUCCACUUUAAAAUGCCCAUCACUUUUAUCUACAUUUGAGAACGCUUUAUCGAUCUACCUUGUGAUAUCGAGAAAAAAAUUAUCACUAGCGUCUACUGGAACUGUGAUUGAUCAAUGAUAACUUUUGAUCGAGCAUGAUGUAUCAAUAAAUUAAUUAAUGUUUAAACGAUAAACCCAACUUAUGUACGAUACAAUGAUAUACUUUCUAUGAAAAAGAAAAACAUUUAUUAAAUAUUUAUAAUACACAAUAAUUACAAAAAGGAAUAUCAUCCUUAUUAUUCUAUCUCUAUAAUGAUUUCAUUGAGACUGAUAUAAUAGAUAAAAAAUUGAUCAGAUCUUUAUCCGAUCUAUACUGCUGUAUCAUUUUUUAAUAUUAACCCUUUCCCUACGGACGCCGACUAUAGUCGGCGGCCGCGAGACCACCUACGCUGACUUCGUUGGUAGCA